UGGGGGGAAGGACGGGGCAGCGGUGGCGGGGGGUUCACUUAUCAGAGUUUCCCUCUGAGGAUUGCGACAGCGGCUGCCCGAUUGUGCAACCCUCCAGCCCUAUAAAUACGGAGGCGCUGCAGCCCGGGGAAGCUGUCAGCUCAGCCUCCAAGGAGCCGCGCCUCCUCCCGCCGCCCCGGCCCAGCCUGGCCGCCACCAUGAAGGUUUUGUACUUGCUGCUGCUGCCUCUCUGCCUCCUCUUCUCCCAGAUAGCCCCAGGUGCGGGCCUCCUGACCCUGUUCCACAGGUACCCGGAAUACGUGUGCGUCAAGAAGGGGGGAACCUGCAACUUCUCCCCCUGCCCGCGCUUCACCAGGGCUGAGGGCGGCUGCUACCAGGGGCGAGCCAAGUGCUGCAUCUGAGCCGGCCGCCGCGAGCCUGCGGGCACUCUCUGUAAGCGUUGUUUUAGUGAAAGAAAAAGCCCUUUCUUUUUUUUUCUUCAACAUCCCUCUUUCGGACCAAAAUGAAUCUUGUGUCUCCUUUUGGAAGAGGUGAGGAGGCAGGGGGACUAGGAGGGAGGCACGCCAGGCUGCCAAGCCCGUGAGCCCGGGACGGGGGCGCUCUCCUCAUCACCUCCUCCUCGUUUCGUGACCAAACCGACACGUGAGCCAUGCAAGGAGUCCGCGCGCCGUCGAGAAGACGUGACGAGGGGACAGGCGACUUCAGGCCCCGCUGGGCCGGGCAGGAGCCCACCCCAAAUCCGGUGCUCGCAGGGGCCCGGCCCCUCCGCAGAGCUACAGCUGCCACCUGCCUCCUUCCUGGGCCUGGGGCCGCGGGGCCGUCCAGCUUAGCAGCUGAGAAGUUCCAGUCUGACCGUGAAACGAUUCGGCUUCAAUGCUCCGCUCUCCAGGCCUAACGUCUGGGUUCCCAGGGGAUGGUUUCUGGCUCUUCUGCCAAGUCACAGGCCUCUCACGAGCCCCCGCUGGGAGCCCCGCCCCCGACGCAGCGCGCGUGCCUGCCUGCCUGUCUGCAGAGCACCUGAGCCCGCGGCCACGCGUGGGCAGAGAGACGGUCCGCCUUCCCUUUCUCCCAAUAAAUGUUUUGCAGCUGGUGAAGCAUCCGUCGUCCCUGGUCGGCUACGGGCCCCCUCGUUCUCCCCACGUCGCCAGAGUGUAAACGCACCGAUGAGUGUCAACCGUUGCAAGAACCGUCGCCCCAGGGGGCGCCUUAGACACAGCGCCCCCCUUGGGUGAGCAGAGGAGCGGCCGACGGGGGCGGCCGGUUCCGGCUGAGAACUCCGGCGCUGGCGGCGGCCCACCCGCAGCGUGGGGCUGCACGACGACGGAAAAGCCAGGAGGGGCUAGGAGCGGUGCCGGGUGGGGACUGGAAGCAUCGGGGGAACCCUCUGUGAAGUUCGGGAUGGCCUGACCAGUGUGCUGUGCGCCUGAAACUAACACAAAAUAAAACUGACUGUAAACUGUCUAUGAAAAAAUUCUUUUGAAAAUACAA